UAAAAGAAGCGAGGCGCGCGCGUCGCCGCCACUACCCGCUGCGGAGCGAACGGCGAGGCGGGAGGCCGCGGAGGCGCGUCGGUCCCUCAGCACCCCCCCCCCCACUCCCCCAGACCGGCGCACCUACUGCCCUCACCCCCCCCUGGAGCCGAAAAUGGACCCAAGUGGGGUCAAAGUGCUGGAAACGGCAGAGGACAUCCAGGAGAGGCGGCAGCAGGUCCUCGACAGAUACCACCGCUUCAAGGAGCUCUCAACCCUUAGGCGCCAGAAGCUUGAAGAUUCUUACCGAUUCCAGUUUUUCCAGAGAGAUGCUGAGGAGCUGGAGAAAUGGAUUCAGGAGAAACUUCAGAUUGCAUCCGAUGAGAAUUAUAAGGACCCAACCAACUUGCAGGGCAAGCUUCAGAAGCAUCAGGCCUUCGAAGCUGAAGUGCAGGCCAACUCGGGAGCCAUUGUGAAACUGGAUGAGACUGGAAACCUGAUGAUCUCAGAAGGGCAUUUUGCGUCUGAAACCAUAAGGACCCGUUUGAUGGAGCUGCACCGCCAGUGGGAACUUCUCUUGGAGAAGAUGCGGGAGAAGGGGGUGAAACUGCUGCAGGCGCAGAAGCUGGUGCAGUAUUUGCGGGAGUGCGAGGACGUGAUGGACUGGAUCAAUGACAAGGAAGCAAUCGUGACUUCUGAGGAGCUGGGCCAGGACCUGGAGCACGUGGAGGUUUUACAGAAGAAAUUUGAAGAGUUUCAAACAGAUAUGGCUGCCCAUGAAGAAAGAGUUAAUGAAGUGAACCAGUUCGCUGCCAAACUCAUUCAGGAGCAGCACCCUGAGGAGGAGACCAUCAAGACCAAGCAGGAUGAAGUGAACGCGGCCUGGCAGCGGCUGAAGGGACUGGCCCUUCAGCGACAGGGGAAGCUCUUUGGGGCGGCUGAGGUCCAGCGCUUUAACAGGGAUGUGGACGAGACCAUCAGCUGGAUUAAGGAGAAGGAGCAGUUAAUGGCCUCUGACGAUUUUGGCCGAGACCUGGCAAGCGUUCAGGCUCUGCUGCGGAAGCACGAGGGUUUGGAGAGAGACCUUGCUGCUUUGGAGGACAAGGUCAAAGCCCUGUGUGCCGAGGCCGACCGCCUGCAGCAGUCCCACCCUCUGAGCGCCGCGCAGAUUCAAGUGAAGCGAGAGGAGCUCAUUGCCAACUGGGAGCAGAUCCGGACCCUGGCAGCCGAGAGACACGCCCGCCUCAAUGACUCCUACAGGCUUCAACGCUUCCUUGCUGACUUCCGCGACCUCACCAGCUGGGUGACUGAGAUGAAAGCCCUCAUCAAUGCAGAUGAGCUCGCCAAUGAUGUGGCCGGGGCUGAAGCCCUGCUCGACAGGCAUCAGGAGCACAAGGGUGAAAUCGAUGCUCACGAGGACAGCUUUAAAUCCGCAGAUGAGUCUGGACAGGCCCUGCUCACUGCUGGGCAUUAUGCCUCGGAUGAAGUGCGGGAGAAGCUGGGCGUCCUGGCGGAGGAGCGGGCUGCCCUGCUGGAGCUGUGGGAGCUGCGCCGGCAGCAAUACGAGCAGUGCAUGGACCUGCAGCUCUUCUACCGCGACACGGAGCAGGUGGACAACUGGAUGAGCAAGCAGGAGGCCUUCCUGUUGAACGAAGACCUGGGAGACUCCUUGGAUAGUGUGGAAGCGCUCCUCAAGAAGCACGAGGACUUCGAGAAGUCCCUCAGCGCCCAGGAGGAAAAGAUUACAGCACUGGAUGAAUUCGCAACCAAGCUGAUUCAGAACAACCACUACGCAAUGGAGGACGUGGCCACCCGCCGAGAUGCGCUGCUGAGCCGCCGCAAUGCCCUGCACGAGAGAGCCAUGUGUCGCCGGGCCCAGCUGGCAGACUCCUUCCACUUGCAGCAGUUUUUCCGCGACUCCGAUGAGCUCAAGAGCUGGGUCAACGAGAAGAUGAAAACCGCCACAGAUGAAGCUUAUAAAGACCCAUCCAACCUACAAGGAAAAGUACAGAAGCACCAGGCUUUUGAGGCUGAGCUCUCUGCCAACCAGAGCCGCAUUGACGCCCUGGAGAAAGCGGGGCAAAAGCUGAUUGAUGUCAACCACUAUGCCAAGGAUGAAGUAGCAGCUCGUAUGAAUGAGGUCAUCAGUUUGUGGAAGAAAUUGCUGGAAGCCACUGAACUGAAAGGGAUAAAGCUUCGCGAGGCCAACCAGCAGCAACAGUUCAACCGCAACGUCGAAGAUAUUGAGCUGUGGCUGUAUGAGGUGGAAGGUCACCUGGCUUCGGACGAUUAUGGCAAAGACCUUACCAACGUCCAGAACCUCCAGAAGAAGCAUGCCCUGCUGGAGGCUGACGUGGCUGCUCACCAGGAUCGAAUCGAUGGCAUCACCAUUCAGGCCCGCCAAUUCCAGGAUGCUGGCCAUUUUGAUGCUGAAAACAUCAAAAAGAAGCAGGAAGCCCUCGUGGCUCGCUAUGAGGCACUCAAAGAACCCAUGAUUGCCCGAAAGCAGAAGCUGGCGGAUUCUCUGCGUUUGCAGCAACUGUUCCGUGACGUUGAGGAUGAGGAGACGUGGAUUCGGGAGAAAGAACCCAUUGCCGCGUCCACCAACAGAGGCAAAGAUUUGAUUGGAGUCCAAAAUCUGCUGAAGAAACACCAAGCCCUCCAAGCAGAAAUUGCUGGGCAUGAACCCCGCAUCAAGGCAGUGACUCAGAAGGGGAACGCCAUGGUGGAAGAAGGCCAUUUUGCUGCGGAAGAUGUGAAAGCCAAGCUCAGCGAACUGAAUCAGAAGUGGGAGUCACUCAAGUCCAAGGCCUCCCAGCGGCGGCAGGACCUGGAAGACUCUCUGCAGGCCCAGCAGUACUUUGCCGAUGCCAACGAGGCCGAGUCCUGGAUGCGGGAGAAGGAGCCCAUCGUGGGCAGCACCGACUACGGGAAGGAUGAGGACUCAGCCGAGGCUCUACUGAAGAAACACGAAGCUCUGAUGUCGGAUCUCAGUGCCUACGGCAGCAGCAUUCAGGCUCUGCGGGACCAGGCUCAGUCAUGCCGGCAACAAGUGGCCCCCAUGGAUGAUGAGACCGGGAAGGAGCUGGUCUUGGCUCUCUACGACUAUCAGGAGAAGAGCCCUCGGGAGGUCACCAUGAAGAAAGGGGAUAUUCUCACCUUACUCAACAGCACCAACAAGGACUGGUGGAAGGUGGAGGUGAACGACCGCCAGGGCUUCGUGCCGGCUGCGUACGUGAAGAAGCUGGACCCCGCGCAGUCAGCCUCCCGCGAGAACCUGCUGGAGGAGCAGGGCAGCAUAGCCGUGCGCCAGGAGCAGAUUGACCACCAGACGCGCCUAACUAAGGAGGCCGGCAGUGUGUCUCUGCGUAUGAAGCAGGUGCAGGAACUGUACCGCUCUCUGCUGGAGCUGGGUGAGAAGCGCAAGGGCAUGCUGGAGAAGAGCUGUAAGCGGUUCAUGCUGUUCCGCGAGGCGAACGAGCUGCAGCAGUGGAUCAACGAGAAGGAGGCGGCUCUGACCAGCGAGGAGGUGGGCGCCGACUUGGAGCAGGUCGAGGUGCUGCAGAAGAAGUUUGACGACUUCCAGAAGGAUCUGAAGGCCAAUGAGUCCCGGCUGAAGGACAUUAACAAGGUGGCUGAAGACCUGGAGUCGGAAGGUCUGAUGGCAGAGGAGGUGCAGGCGGCACAGCAACAGGAGGUGUAUGGCGCGAUGCCCAGGGAUGAAACGGAUUCAAAGACAGCCUCCCCAUGGAAGUCUGCUCGCCUGAUGGUUCACACCGUGGCCACCUUUAAUUCCAUCAAGGAGCUGAACGAACGGUGGCGGUCCCUGCAACAGCUGGCCGAGGAGCGCAGCCAGCUGUUGGGCAGCGCCCACGAGGUGCAGAGGUUCCACAGAGAUGCCGACGAAACCAAAGAGUGGAUUGAAGAGAAGAAUCAGGCUCUCAACACAGACAAUUACGGCCACGAUCUGGCCAGCGUCCAGGCCCUACAGCGCAAGCACGAGGGCUUCGAGAGAGAUCUGGCGGCUCUCGGCGACAAGGUCAACUCCCUGGGGGAGACAGCCGAGCGCCUGAUCCAGUCCCACCCCGAGUCAGCCGAGGACCUGCAGGAAAAGUGCACCGAGCUGGACCAGGCGUGGAGCAGCCUGGGAAAGCGCGCGGACCAGCGUAAGGCCAAGCUGGGCGACUCCCAUGACCUACAACGCUUCCUCAGUGACUUCCGGGACCUCAUGUCUUGGAUCAAUGGAAUACGAGGGUUGGUGUCCUCAGACGAGCUCGCCAAGGAUGUCACCGGAGCUGAAGCCUUGCUGGAGCGACACCAGGAGCACCGAACGGAAAUUGAUGCCAGGGCUGGCACUUUCCAGGCAUUUGAGCAGUUUGGGCAGCAGCUGUUGGCUCAUGGGCACUAUGCCAGCCCAGAGGUCAAGGAGAAACUGGAUAUUCUCGAUCGGGAGCGUGCAGGUCUGGAGAAGGCCUGGGCUCAGCGCAGGAUGAUGUUGGAUCAGUGCCUUGAACUGCAGCUGUUUCAUCGGGACUGCGAGCAAGCUGAGAACUGGAUGGCCGCCCGGGAGGCCUUCUUGAAUACUGAGGACAAGGGAGACUCACUGGACAGCGUGGAGGCUCUGAUCAAAAAACACGAGGACUUCGACAAAGCAAUUAAUGUGCAGGAAGAGAAGAUCGCCGCCCUCCAGUCCUUUGCUGACCAGCUCAUUGCCGCCGGCCACUAUGCCAAGGGCGACAUCUCCAGUCGGCGCAACGAGGUUUUGGACAGGUGGCGACGCCUAAAAGCCCAGAUGAUUGAGAAGAGAUCAAAGCUGGGAGAAUCGCAGACGCUCCAGCAGUUCAGCCGGGACGUGGAUGAGAUCGAGGCUUGGAUCAGCGAGAAAUUACAGACCGCGAGUGAUGAGUCAUACAAGGACCCCACCAACAUCCAGCUUUCCAAGCUGCUGAGCAAGCACCAGAAGCACCAGGCCUUCGAGGCGGAGCUACACGCCAACGCCGACCGGAUCCGCGGUGUCAUCGACACGGGCAACUCCCUCAUCGAGCGCGGGGCCUGUGCUGGCAGCGAGGACGCUGUCAAGGCCCGUCUGGCGGCCUUAGCAGACCAGUGGCAGUUCCUGGUGCAGAAGUCAGCUGAAAAGAGCCAGAAACUGAAAGAGGCCAACAAGCAGCAGAACUUCAACACCGGAAUCAAGGACUUUGACUUCUGGCUGUCCGAGGUGGAGGCCCUUCUGGCAUCUGAGGAUUACGGCAAAGACCUGGCCUCUGUGAACAACUUGCUGAAGAAGCACCAGCUGCUGGAGGCUGACAUAUCUGCCCAUGAGGAUCGCCUGAAGGACCUGAACAGCCAAGCAGACAGCCUGAUGACCAGCAGCGCCUUCGACACGUCCCAAGUGAAGGACAAGCGGGACACCAUCAACAGUCGUUUCCAGAAGAUCAAGAGCAUGGCGGCCUCCCGGCGAGCGAAGCUGAAUGAAUCCCAUCGCCUGCACCAGUUCUUCCGGGACAUGGAUGAUGAGGAGUCCUGGAUCAAGGAGAAGAAGCUGCUGGUGAGCUCCGAGGACUACGGCCGGGACCUAACAGGCGUCCAGAACCUGAGGAAGAAGCACAAGCGGCUGGAGGCAGAACUGGCUGCACACGAGCCUGCGAUUCAGGGUGUCCUGGACACUGGGAAGAAGCUGUCUGAUGACAACACCAUUGGGAAGGAGGAGAUUCAGCAGCGUCUGGCCCAGUUCGUGGAGCACUGGAAGGAGCUGAAGCAGCUGGCGGCAGCCAGAGGCCAGCGGCUGGAGGAGUCCUUGGAGUAUCAGCAGUUUGUAGCCAACGUGGAGGAGGAAGAAGCCUGGAUCAAUGAGAAAAUGACCCUGGUAGCCAGUGAGGAUUACGGAGACACUCUUGCUGCGAUCCAGGGCUUACUAAAGAAACACGAAGCUUUUGAGACAGACUUCACUGUGCACAAGGACCGUGUGAAUGACGUCUGCAGUAACGGACAAGACCUCGUUAAGAAGAACAAUCACCAUGAGGAGAACAUCUCUUCAAAGAUGAAGGGCUUGAACGGGAAGGUGUCAGACUUGGAGAAAGCCGCUGCCCAGAGGAAGGCAAAGCUUGAUGAGAACUCGGCCUUCCUUCAGUUCAACUGGAAGGCUGACGUGGUGGAGUCCUGGAUCGGUGAGAAGGAGAACAGCCUGAAGACGGACGAUUAUGGCCGCGACCUGUCUUCCGUGCAGACCCUCCUUACCAAACAGGAAACCUUUGACGCCGGCCUGCAGGCCUUCCAGCAGGAGGGCAUCGCCAACAUCACUGCCCUCAAAGAUCAGCUGCUGGCCGCCAAGCACAUUCAGUCAAAGGCCAUCGAGGCCCGGCACGCCUCCCUCAUGAAGAGAUGGAGCCAGCUUCUGGCCAACUCGGCCACCCGGAAGAAGAAGCUGCUGGAGGCGCAGGGUCACUUCCGCAAGGUGGAAGACCUCUUCCUGACCUUCGCCAAAAAGGCAUCUGCCUUCAACAGCUGGUUUGAAAACGCCGAGGAGGAUCUGACCGACCCCGUGCGCUGCAACUCCCUGGAGGAGAUCAGAGCCUUGCGGGAGGCCCACGACGCCUUCCGCUCAUCCCUCAGCUCUGCGCAGGCCGACUUCAGCCAGCUGGCCGAGCUGGACCGCCAGAUCAAGAGCUUCCGCGUGGCCUCCAACCCCUACACGUGGUUCACCAUGGAGGCCCUGGAGGAGACGUGGAGGAACCUGCAGAAGAUCAUCAAGGAGCGGGAGCUGGAGCUGCAGAAGGAGCAGCGCCGGCAGGAGGAGAACGACAAGCUGCGGCAGGAGUUCGCCCAGCACGCCAACGCAUUCCACCAGUGGAUCCAGGAGACCAGAACGUAUCUCCUCGAUGGCAUAGCGUAUCGUCGGGUCAUUCGUGUCUAUCAGUAUGAAGUUGGGGAUGAUCUGUCUGGAAGGUCCUGCAUGGUGGAAGAAUCGGGGACCCUGGAAUCCCAGCUGGAAGCUACCAAACGCAAGCACCAGGAGAUUCGAGCCAUGAGAAGUCAGCUCAAGAAGAUUGAGGACCUGGGGGCAGCCAUGGAGGAGGCCCUGAUCCUGGACAACAAGUACACGGAGCACAGCACCGUGGGCCUGGCCCAGCAGUGGGACCAGCUCGACCAGCUGGGCAUGCGCAUGCAGCACAACCUGGAGCAGCAGAUCCAGGCCAGGAACACAACAGGAGUGACUGAGGAGGCCCUCAAAGAAUUCAGCAUGAUGUUUAAACACUUUGACAAAGACAAGUCGGGCCGGCUGAACCACCAGGAGUUCAAGUCCUGCCUGCGCUCCCUGGGUUAUGACCUGCCCAUGGUGGAGGAAGGGGAGCCAGACCCCGAGUUCGAGGCAAUCCUAGACACCGUGGAUCCGAACAGGGACGGCCACGUCUCCCUGCAAGAAUACAUGGCUUUCAUGAUCAGCCGGGAGACGGAGAACGUCAAAUCCAGCGAGGAGAUCGAGAGCGCCUUCCGGGCCCUGAGCUCCGAGGGAAAGCCUUACGUGACCAAGGAGGAACUAUACCAGAACCUGACUCGGGAACAAGCCGACUACUGCGUCUCCCACAUGAAGCCCUACGUGGAUGGCAAGGGCCGCGAACUCCCCACCGCCUUCGACUACGUGGAGUUCACCCGCUCGCUCUUCGUGAACUGAUCCCGCUCCUCGCUCCGCCCGGCCCACGCUGCCCGCCCUGCCGUUGCCUUGCUGCAUGACACCUCCUCUCUGUGCUCUUAAAAUAUUCCAGUGUUACUUUCCAAUGUGAGCUUAAGUCCGCUUAGCCUGGGAGAAGACUUAGUAGAAAAUGGUGCUUCGAUAAACCGCUUCCGGUCAAGUCGCAUUUGCCCCGUUGCCGUGGGGACCCAGAUUCCCUUCGUGAAGCCCGCUGCCCCAUUCCGACUCGGCAAUCUCGGCGGCGGGCCAGAUCCCCUCUUGUUCUCUCCCCUCCCUUUUGUUUUCAUGUGAAAGACAAAUAAAUGACUUGACUCCCCCAGAA